GGGGCGGGGAAGGAGGCGCGGAAUUGUUUUUGUUCUCGCGAUAUUUUCCGGUUCGCCGGGCUCGGGCGACCCGGGCUUCUGUGAAACAUGGCGGCCGGCUGGGACCGAGGCAGUAGCAUGACUAUAUGAAGGAGGAGGAGGAGGGUUUUCCUGAAGAUGAGGCGACUGAAUCGGAAAAAAACCUUAAGUUUGGUGAAAGAGUUAGAUGCCUUUCCCAAAGUCCCUGACAGCUACGUGGAGACGUCAGCCAGCGGGGGCACAGUUUCUUUAAUAGCGUUCACCACGAUGGCUCUGUUGACGGUGAUGGAGUUCUCAGUGUACCGGGACACGCGGAUGAAAUACGCGUACGAAGUGGACAAGGACUUUUCUAGCAAGUUGAGGAUCAACAUAGACAUUACUGUUGCCAUGAAGUGUCAGUACGUUGGAGCAGAUGUACUGGACUUAGCAGAGACCAUGGUGGCUUCUGCAGAUGGCCUAGCCUAUGAACCAGCAGUGUUUGACCUUUCCCCACAGCAGAGAGAGUGGCAAAGGAUGCUGCAGCUGGUUCAGAGUCGGCUUCAAGAAGAGCAUUCCCUUCAAGACGUGAUAUUCAAAAGUGCUUUUAAAAGUGCAUCGACGGCACUGCCACCAAGGGAAGACGACUCAUCACUGACUCCUGACGCAUGCAGAAUCCAUGGUCAUCUAUAUGUCAAUAAAGUAGCAGGGAAUUUCCACAUAACUGUGGGCAAGGCAAUCCCACAUCCUCGAGGGCAUGCACAUUUGGCAGCACUUGUCAACCAUGAUUCUUACAACUUUUCUCAUAGAAUAGAUCAUUUGUCUUUUGGAGAGCUUGUUCCAGGAAUUAUUAAUCCUUUGGAUGGAACUGAAAAGAUUGCUGUAGAUCACAACCAGAUGUUCCAAUAUUUUAUUACAGUUGUGCCAACAAAGCUACACACAUACAAGAUUUCAGCAGACACCCAUCAGUUCUCUGUGACAGAAAGGGAACGCAUCAUUAACCAUGCUGCUGGUAGCCACGGAGUCUCUGGAAUAUUUAUGAAAUAUGAUCUCAGUUCUCUCAUGGUGACAGUCACUGAGGAGCACAUGCCUUUCUGGCAAUUUUUUGUAAGACUCUGUGGUAUUAUUGGAGGAAUCUUUUCAACAACAGGCAUGUUACAUGGAAUUGGAAAGUUUAUAGUGGAAAUCAUUUGCUGUCGUUUCAGACUUGGAUCCUAUAAGCCCGUCCGCUCUGUCCCCUUUGAGGAUGGCCACACAGACAACCACUUACCUCUUCUAGAAAAUAAUACACAUUAGCACCGCCAGAGUGCAGAAAAACUUUUUGCCUGAGACAUAAAACCUUUUCUAAUAAUAAAAUGUUGUGCAAUAUAGUCAAAAGAAAAUACAAGAACCCGGAAACAUACUUAUUUAAAAAAAGGAAAAAAGAAAAACAAAAAC